AGCAAGCAAGCCAGCGACCAAGCAGUUCAGGCAGUUGAUACCACUACCACUCUACCACUGACCAGUGCUCUCAAACACAAGGCAAACGACAAACAGCGUGCACGACACGGCGCCAGCGGAGAGCGGAAAGCACAGCAGACGAAGAAAGCUUCAGCCUAGCAGCUUCUCACUUCACCUUCUUCGUUCUUGAUAGACAAGCAUGCGACACAACGGCAUUCGCUGCAAGGCUGGAACCAAGUCCCGGUGCACUCGCCCAGCCUGCGGGUUCAUCCACACCGACGAGUUUGACACGGAUUGCAAAAAGGGAUCAGAAUGCAAGCGCGUGGACUGCAAGCACAUCCAUCCAGCACCGCCUUGCCGCAACAGGCCCUGCAAGAACCCACGCCAAUGCUUCUUUCGCCACGCCCGUCCACAAGAGGAGAAUGCCUUCACUGUUGGGCGAUCAAAGGCCAUGUACGCCUCCUACAUUGGACGCAUGGCUCUCAAGGCUGCCGUAGGCUCUGGCUUCCUCGUGCGCGUGGUCCCAAAGGAAACGAAGAUCAUCGUGAAGCAGGCGCCAAGCGUGGCUGCCGACCCCACCGCCCUCAAGGAAGCCACAGCCAAAUGCAGGCAGUUCGUGCACGACCACAUCAAGAUUGAGGCGUACGAGAUUGAGAACCUGGACCGCAACACGCUCAAGCGGUCGGCCGCGUUCCUCCUCGCCAAGGACACGCGCGUCUUCCUCUUCCACACCAGCACCGGCGUCAACAUCGUCUACAGCAGCCGCGACCGCAUGGCCGCUCGCGCUUUGCCCAACGUCAAGGCCCUCCUCACCUCCCUCCGCGAGAACAUUUGCAGCAGUGGUGAUCACGGAGAUGCCUCGCCAGCACGCCGCCAGCGCGCGUGCAGUGACGCAUCGUCAUCAUCACGUUCGUCGGAUAUGGACAGCAUCUCCUCGGGUGGUGUGGCCGAGUGCUGCAUCUGCUUCGACGACGAUGUGCCUGUGGUGGGCGGUGUUCGCUGCUCCACCGGCGAUCACUUCGUGUGCGACGUGUGCUUCGACAGCCUGGUGACAUCUGUUGCCACGCACGACGAGCGCAUGGCCCGCGGCUCCGACGUGUGCUGCCCAACACCGGACUGCAGCAGCACCCCCUUCAAGGCAAAGACGCUCGCCAUGCACGUGGAUGACGACACGUUCCAGGCGUGGAUGAAGCUGAACAAGGACAUAACGGGGCGAAACGUGCGCAAGGAGGAGGAGGCCGCGCGCCAGGCAGAGGAGGACCGGCGCGCUCGCCUGUCGCAGAUGGACCGCGAUGCCGAGGACGCACGCAAACACAUUGUGGAGAACAUCUUCACCCUAAAGUGCCCGCGCUGCAGCGCCGCCUUUGUCGACUUUGACGGCUGCUUUGCGCUCACGUGCGCCCACUGCAAGUGCGGCUUCUGCGCGUGGUGCCUGACAGACCGCGGCAACGACGCCCACCCGUGCGCGGCGCAGUGCGGCGAGAAGUACGGGCGUGGCGGGUACUUUGGCACGCUGCGGGAGUUUGAGCAGCACCAUGUGCGCCGGCGCCAGGCUGAACUGGACACGUAUCUGGGCACUCUGACGCCAGAGGUGCGCGGUCGCGUCGUCACUGCCUGCCGCCGCGACGCACAGGACCUCGGCAUCAAGCUGCAGUGAUGCUGUGCUGUGUGUGUGUGUGUGUGUUUGUUUGUUUGAGUUGGCGGACAUAUGAUUGUCUUCCAUGCUCCGUCGCACCCAUGCCCUUCCUUGCUGUGUGUGCUUUGCGUUUGACAACAACGAAACAGUAAACGACCAUGGAUUUAGGAA